AUGUGCGACUACGACAAAUUCAAGGAGCAACUACGACACGUCGACAAUCCGGUCGUCUUCUUGGAAAUCACCGCCGGAGGAGCGCCAAUUGGAACCAUUGUGCUUGAACUCUAUGCUGACGUGUGCCCGAAAUCAGCCGAGAAUUUUCGUCAACUUUGCACCGGAGAAUAUCGAAAGGAUGGAGUGCCACAAGGCUACAAGAAUUCGCAAUUUCAUCGUGUCAUCAAGGAUUUCAUGAUUCAAGGGGGCGAUUUCGUUAAUGGUGAUGGAACGGGUCUCAUCAGCAUCUACGGAGCGAAAUUCAAAGAUGAAAAUUUUGAAUUGCAACACACUGGACCCGGGAUUUUAUCGAUGGCAAAUUGUGGGCCGGACACGAAUGGUUGUCAAUUCUUCAUAACGUGCGCCAAGACUGAUUUUCUUGAUCAAAAGCACGUCGUUUUUGGCCGAGUACUUGAGGGUUUGCUGACGGUGAGAAAGAUCGAAAAUGUGCCCACCGGAGCCAACAAUAAACCAAAGCUCCCAAUCGUCAUCACUCAAUGCGGACAAUUA